AGAAUCGGAGAAAUUAAGAGCAGCGCAAUCGGCGGUCAAAAAACAUGAUGAGAUUGCUGUAAUUGUAUUACACAAAAAAAUUAUCUGCAGUUGGUAGUGUAUAUUUAUAUCAUUGGAUACACAUUUAUACACACAAUCCAACCGGAAUUCACAAUUUGCAUAUUUUUGCUGUUUUUGUUUCUGCUUCAACCUAACACAACAGGGAAACAAAUCAAACACCUGUUUCAACUCAUCACUCCUCUUUAUAACACUCCGAAAACUCCCUUCAUUUUCUUGGCAUCUUUUUUUUCCCCCUCUCACCCCAAACCCUUUUUCCCAUUUCGCUCACAGAGAGGAAAAGAAAGCAUCUUUCUUUGUGUUUCUUUUUUUUUCUUUUCCGUUUCCUGUUUUGUGUUGGAUAUUUUUCCAAUUUAAUUCUGUGUUUCUGAUCGAAUGCUCUUAAUGGUUCUAUGAUGUGUAUUGGGUUUUCAUUAUUCUGUGUAUGAAUUAUUGAACUGAAAUAGAUUAACUUAUUAGCUGUAUCAUUUCUUAAGAAAAAGAUUUUUUUUUUUUUUUUUGAAUGGGUGAUCUUCCGGGGGGUGGCGCAGCGGCGGAGUUGAGGCCCGUGGCUUCACAUUCGACGCCGUUCGCUGAGCCAAACCCGUUAGAGAUUAGAGGGCAGAAUUGGGCCACAGUUGACAGAGCGGCCCGUGAAAUAAUCCGGAAGGUCCAACCCACUACUGUAUCCGAAGAGAGGAGAAGGGAGGUCGUUGAUUAUAUUCAGAGAUUAAUCAGGAAUUGUCUUGGCAUUGAGGUAUUCCCAUAUGGAUCUGUGCCAUUGAAAACUUAUCUUCCAGAUGGAGAUAUUGAUUUGACUGCCUUUGGUGUCACAAAUGAUGAAGAUGCUUUGGCUGAUGAUAUGAAAUCUGUGCUUGAAGAAGAAGAGAAAAAUAGGGCUGCCGAGUUUAUAGUAAAGGAUGUCCAGCUCAUUCGUGCUGAGGUUAAGCUUGUGAAAUGUAUUGUUCAAGAUAUUGUUGUUGACGUAUCCUUUAACCAAAUUGGGGGCCUUUGUACUUUAUGCUUUCUGGAGCAGGUUGAUCGCCUCAUUGGCAAAGAUCAUCUGUUUAAGCGCAGUAUUAUCCUGAUCAAAGCAUGGUGCUACUAUGAAAGUCGUAUCCUUGGUGCUCAUCAUGGUUUGAUUUCUACAUAUGCUUUGGAGACGUUGGUUUUGUACAUUUUCCAUCUUUUUCACUCAACGUUAGAUGGGCCUUUAGCUGUUCUAUAUAAGUUUUUGGACUAUUUCAGCAAAUUUGAUUGGGAGACCUACUGUAUUAGCUUAAAUGGCCCUGUUCGCCUCUCUUCAUUGCCAGCUAUUGUUGCUGAGAUGCCAGAAGAUAGUGACAGAGAUUUACUGCUAAGCAGCGAUUUCUUAAGUUCAUGUAUUGGCAUGUUUUCAGUUCCUUCAAGAGGUGGCGACAAAAAUUCUCGUGGGUUUCAGCGGAAACAUCUUAACAUAGUUGAUCCACUGAAAGAGAUCAAUAAUCUUGGACGUAGUGUCAGUAAAGGAAACUUCUACCGCAUACGCAGUGCUUUCUCUUAUGGGGCUAGAAAACUUGCACGGAUACUUACGCAGCCUGAAGAUUCUAUUGCUACUGAGCUUCACAAAUUCUUCUCCAACACUAUGGCUAGGCAUGGAGGUGGAAAGAGGCCUGACGUUCAGGAUUUUGACCCCUCCGUAAUUUGCAACAGGCCCAUCUCCGCAAUGCCUGUUCCAGAGGCUGGGUUGUCUAAAACUGAUAACUUAAACGAAUACAUCGAUGAGCAUGCUGGAGAUUUUCAGCCCAGUUCAGGUAAAUUUUCCCAAGAUUUACUCAAAGGGACAGAAAGAAAAUCAGAUGUGGCAAAUGGAGAGCCAUACAGCAGCUUGGUGUUAAAACACCCAACAUUGUUGCUGGACAGAGACCAGCCUUCUGAACCUAAUGCUCUGGGUUCUCGUUUUCAUGGAGAUUCAAAUGACCUUGCCACCUCUUCGCUUGGGGAGCUUAAGAUUUCUGCUGGUUCAUCCACACGUCAAACUCCAGUUAUGAAGGAGAGUGUCACUGCAAUUGCUAAGCCCUAUCAUGCACCUCACCUCUAUUUUUCAAAAUCGAAAAGUAUGAGAGACCGAGAGCCAGAUUCAGAUAAGCAGGACAACUGUGGAAAGAGCACCUCUUCCUUGGUUUCAUCAGGAUCUGAUGAAGGAAGAGAUGAUGCUGUUGGAAGCAUGGACGAAAACCAAUUUGUUGACAAAGAUGAAGCAGUGGCUUCAAGCAAAUCCAAGGAUGUUUUUCCGGCUCCAAAGUCAUUGUCUUUUUCAGGGGAUCAAAAUCAUAUGGAUUCAGACCAUGGCUCAACAAGAACAAGCGAGAGACCUGAAGCUUUAAACUCAUCAGAUCUCACUGGGGAUUAUGAUAGUUACUUGCACUGCUUGCAAUAUGGUCGAUGGUGCUAUGAAUAUGCCUUAACUAUUCAUUCUUUGCACAUGCCUCACUUGCCAACUGCUCCAUAUCAAGGCAGUAACAGUCCAUGGGACGGUCUCCUGCCCCUGUCGCAUUUUAAGCAGAACGGGUUUUCCCAUCGACAUCAUAAUGGCUUCCAUCCAAGUCCAGCAAUGUAUACCAUGCAACCUUUACUAGUACCAGGUGUCCCCUUUGGGUGGGAAGAGAUGCCAAAACCCAGAGGAACAGGAACAUACUUUCCAAAUAUGAGUCAAUCCCCACAAGGUUAUAGAUCUUCGUCAAUGAAAGCAAGGAAUCAAGCACCAUCAAGGUCUCCACGAACCAAUGGGCGAAGUAUGAUAUUUAGAGAGCCAAAUAUGCUAGACAGAAGCAGCCAUGAAUUGUCACAACCUCAAGUCCGUGUCGAGAAAAGUGUGAUGGUUAGUUCUUCUGGUAACCACCCAUCAUUUUCUCCUCGUGGGAAUGGGUAUCCUAAUGCAAAUGGCUUAUCGAUCCAACAUGAGGGGGUUGUUGAAUUUGAAUUGGUUGGACAUGCAUCUGGAACAUCUGAAUCAGAUAAGAACAGGAAACAAAGAUCCGUCUCUGGGUCCCCCAAAACUUUCUCAGGGACACAAAAGUCACGACCUGCAUUGAGUAGGGAGCAGGAUAGGAUUUCAUUGAACCAUCUGAAAGAUGAAGAUGAUUUCCCUCCGUUGUCUGCCUGAAGAGCUGUGAACAAGACAAUCUCUGUUAUUUAGUCACUCGUAAACACGAGUGUACCAAAGGAUUUUCUUCCAAACCAGUAAGCCCGAGGUUUCUGCCUCUGUGGCUUCUCGGCUGCUUGUGACAGAUACUGAAAAAAUUGUGGUUUUGCCUUUUGAAACUAAUUUGAGUUAAGAGGAUUUGUUUUUGUAUCUGCACAUUGUGGCAACUAUCCCCCUGGUUUGGCAACAUAGAUUUAAAUUUUAAUAUGAACUUUUGCGUAGGAUGUUAAAUUCUUAACGCAAACUUGUUUGUCUUCUCAGUUUAGCGAUGAUAAAUAUUGUUAAGAAGAUUGUCAAAUGUAGCUGAAGAGAAUGAAUUUUCUCUUGUUGCUAGUAUGAUAGAAUAUGUCAUAAUUGUGCA